GCGGGGCCGGCUCGGGGGCGGGCAGGCGGCGCUGGUCGCUGUCCUGGGUGUUGAAUCUGCUGCGGCUGCCGCUCGCCGGAGCCGGAGAGCGGCUGCGGGAGGCGAAGGGCGGGCGGCAUGGAGUGAGGGCUGGCGGCGGCGGGCAGGGGAGCGGGACAGCCGCCUGCGAUGGGCCAGGCAUGAUGGGGGCGCUCGGCUCCGUCCUCCCGCUGCUGCUGCCGCCGCUGCUGCAGGUCCUCGCCGCCGCCCCGCGCAGCCAACCGCCCUCCGCCGGAGCCGCCGCCGAGGCGCGGAUCGGCUGCCUGUUUGAGGAUGACCUUUGCAAAUCUUUUGAAAUCUGUGUAAAUGAUGGAAUAUUUGGGAGAUGUCAGCGAAUGCCAGUAAUAGACACCUAUAAAUAUGACAUUUCACCCCCUGUUCUUCAGCGCCUAAGGAUCAUCCUGGAGAAGCUCUCACACAGAGGUUUUACCUGGCGAGAUGAUUAUAUGCAGCAUGUUAUUGGUCAGGAACUCUCAACCAUUCACAAAAUCCACAACAGACGGACGGAUAUAUUUGCAUCUGAAGGAUCUGACACAGGAAGGACUUUGGGACAGAAUGCAGAUAAUAAAAGAAAUUAUGAUCUGGAAAAUGAUGUGAACUUGGCCAAGUAUCUUCAGCAAUAUCUUAAAUAUCUCGAUAUUCUCUCCCAGUCUGCAGCUACAAAUUUGUAUCCGAGGAAGACAAAUGACAAAGCUUCUGUCAAGACCUACAUCUAUAAUGAUCCUGUCAGGUACUACAUGACGCAAAAACCCAAAGAAAGAGCACCUCCUUUGGCCCAUGCAUCAACGUCCCACCAACAGCAUGCUGAAAAUCUCCGUGGGAGGACCUUCAACCAGCCUCAGCCAGACAAGUUCUCGCCAGAGUCACAAAUGGGGCUUGACCAAAAAACUCUGAUGGCUGCACUGCACACGUACAUCACUCAGAACUUGUCAGCACAAAGCAAUGAUAAAAGCUCUCACAGCAGGACUAAAGGGUCUCACAAUUAUGCUGAUAGAUUCUACUCUUCGCAAGUCAGUCCUUUUGAUGAAACCUUUGCCAAAGGAAAAGCAGAAGAUUUUAAAAUGAAGAAGCCGUUCCAGCCAGGACCUGCGUCUGGAGUGCUGGGGCCAACCCCUGAGAUGCUGAAUCAUAAAUCUGCUUCCCAGGAUGAUCCAAAGGACCCUCUGAGUGUAGUGGAUGAGACGCUUAUUAAAGAUGUGCUGAAGGACCUAGAGAAACACCAGGUGAACGUGGAGAAUCUCAGCUCGACAGAACUGGAUGAGAUUGCUGAUACUAUCGCCAAUGCAAUUCAAACAGUUGGCAUUCAGGAAGAAAUGGAACAAGAUGCUGGAAAAACUAGAGAAGCACAAAUGAAGGAAGGAGAUGCUCAAGGAAGGGCAGAGAUUCAGACUGGAUUAAUGGAAAACAGUGUUAACGUACCAGACAACGGAGUGCGUGAAACCAGUGCCAAAACUGAUAAAGAGGAGAAGGCUGAAAAACUACUUAACUUCUUGAAUGAGAACGCAUUACCCGAAAAUAUGCCUAAAGACCUUAUACCUGAAGAAUCUGCUAAGACAGAAACCAAGAAAUCUGAAGACACUGACUCUUCUUCCUCAGAAGAAAUAAAUGCUGGUGUGGAAAAUGUAAAAAGUGAGACUUUCUCAAGGGAACUGACAGCUGCAAAGAACAGUGAACCUGACUCCAAAGACCCAAGCGAGACCCGCUACUGGAUUAAGAACGCUUUAAUGCAGGAUGGAAACUCCUAUGAAGAGCCUCAGAAAAAUAUGGGACAAGGCUUACAACUUGAAGUGAAGUCUUCUGAGGAGAAAGAAUACGGCUAUAUUGUGACAGUGAAAGACGCCCUGAGUGUGGAACAGGGCUUGGAGUUAAUAAAGGAAGUGGCAGAUCUCCUGAAGCUGCAGAUGAGUGCCUUCGAUGAUGUCAACGUGCUGGGACCAGCUGUGACCUUCAGAGUGCACUCAAACCUCCAAAACAUUUCAACUGCAGAUGUUGCCAAAGCAGCAGCCAUCAACAAAGAGAAACUUGAAAAAACAACUGGACUGAAAAUUCUGCAGACUGGUGUGGGGGAGAAAAGCAACAUCCCGCCGCUCCCGCAGCGCGGGGAAGAGGCAGAGUCCGCCAAAUUCCUCCUCCUCACCCUCCUCUCCCUCGCCUGCAUCGCCGGGGUCCUGGCGGCGUCGGGGGUCGCCUACUGCCUCCGCCACCGCGCCCACCACCGGCUGAAGGAGAAGCUCUCGGCCCUGGGGGCUGACGCCGGCUCCGACGCCCCCGCUGCUUAUCAGGAGCUAUGCCGUCAGCGCAUGGCAGUGAAAACCUCUGAUCGCCCGGAGCCCCUGCACGCUUCUCGAAUAAAUAGUGUUUCUUCACAAUUUAGCGAUGGGCCCGCUCCCAGCCCCUCGGCCCGGAGCAGCACGUCGUCCUGGUGCGAGGAGCCAGUCCAGUCCAACAUGGACAUCUCCACCGGUCACAUGAUCUUGUCCUACAUGGAAGAUCAUCUGAAAAACAAGAAUCGUCUGGAGAAAGAGUGGGAAGCUCUGUGUGCUUAUCAGGCUGAACCCAAUGCCACCACCGUCGCACAGCAGGAGGACAAUAUCCAGAAGAAUCGCUCCCGGGCUGUAGUACCAUAUGAUCAUUCCAGGAUAUGUCUGAAAGGUGAAAAUAGCCACGACAAUUCAGACUACAUCAAUGCUAGCCCAAUUAUGGACCAUGACCCCCGAAACCCUGCAUAUAUUGCCACCCAGGGCCCUCUACCUGCUACUGUCGCUGACUUCUGGCAGAUGGUCUGGGAGAACGGCUGUGUCGUUAUUGUCAUGCUGACACCCCUCGCGGAAAACGGAGUCAAACAGUGCUACCACUAUUGGCCAGACGAAGGGUCAAACCUCUACCACAUCUAUGAGGUAAACCUUGUCUCUGAGCACAUCUGGUGCGAGGAUUUCCUUGUGAGGAGCUUCUACCUGAAGAACCUGCAGACGAACGAGACCCGCACAGUGACCCAGUUCCACUUCCUCAGCUGGAAUGAUCAGAGGGUUCCUGCUUCCACCAGAUCACUUCUGGAUUUCCGCAGAAAAGUAAACAAGUGCUACAGGGGUCGCUCUUGUCCAGUAGUUGUUCAUUGCAGCGAUGGUGCGGGAAGAAGUGGAACCUACAUUCUAAUUGACAUGGUUCUCAAUAAAAUGGCCAAAGUCAUCUAUUGCAUCCUGCGUAUCCCAGCCCUGUGGGACACAGUGGCAUCCUGGCCCUUUACAAAGAAGAGUUUAGCGUUUUUUUCCUCUCCAUAUUCCGACUGUUAACAUGUCUCGUCAAACACGGACUUAAUUUUCUGCCCACAAGCAUCCUGUGGAACUUGCUGCUAAUGUUAAAAGAAGUUGUGUGUUUGCCUUCUCCUUAGCACUGUACUGAAAAUAAAUUUUUUUAAUGGGAUGAGGUUAGUUUUUCACGCUCAUUGGAAAAUAGGUUUUCACUCUGAGAAGGAAUAUGGAGGUAUUUCCAAUGCUUGUUACAUGCCACAUGAAAACCUUGUCUUUUAAAAAUAGAAGCAAUGGUACAUCGUAAAAUUAAUGUAGACCUUUGUUAGGUAUUUGUUCGGCUCAUUUCAGUCAUCAGCAAUGAGAAGCCGUAAUGAAAACUAGAUUUAAAGUAUAUGCAAUUUAGUCGCAUAAAGAAGUAAAUGAGAAGUAUUUUCUAGCUUGGGGCUUUCAGCCACUUAAGGGAGGGUUGACUUUGUUGUAAAAGCACUGAAGAAUGCCAUUUAUUGACUCCAUUGUACCAUGUAAUGUCAAAUUCCAUUUUAAGUGUGGGCUUAGCGCUUCACAAUACCAGACAAGUCAUGUGAAACUGGCCAGAGAAAGGCGUCACAGGGCUUUUUGGAGAUCGGUCACCCCCAUUUUGUUCUUGACCUGCUCCCCUAUGCCCAUGGGGGUGUGCAACGCGAAAUCCCCUGACCUGGUGCUUUGGCUGGGGUUUAAAUGAAAGAUCAAAGGGCAGAGCGGGCAUCUCAGCCCUGCUGAGGUGGGCCUUUCCCAGGCUGUCACACUGUGCGGCCGCCAAAGGUUUUGUUCGGGCGGGAACCGAGGCCCAGCCUGUGCGGCCGGGGCCCUCUUUGUCUGGCCUGAGAAGCUGGAGGCCCAGGUUGAGGAUCCAAUGUUCAUCAAAUGAUCAAAGGCCUGAAGCCCUGGACAUGAAAUCUUUCUUUCCAUUUCCUUUUCUUAGAGAAUGAAUUGCACGAGUGGCAAAGAAUGCCCUUUCCAAAGCUUUUAUGUGGAGUGCGAGGGCUAACUUCAGAGUCCUUCAGUGCUAAACAUAAAAAUGUAAGUGCACUUUCAAUCUGGGCCCAGCUGCAAGGCCAGCAUCUAGUAACAUUUCUUUCAAAAAGGCUUUUAAGGAUUAAGGCCUUCAGUCUUUCAAAAAAAAAAAAAAAAAACCAAAAAAACCCGGGACUUUUAAGAAUAAACUUAGAAUAAUUUGAGUUUCUUGUUCCACUGUCUGGUUUAUUAGAAAGUAGACAAUAAUGCAUUUUUAAAUCAAAGUAAAUAGAGGAGUACUUAGUUUCGGCAGUGGGAAAGUAGAAAGCAAUCAAUAACUGCCUUGGCUCUUUAGUAGGGUUUUUAAUAGGGUAGGUUGAGAAAAGGAGCUCCUUUUUCAUGUAAUGAUUUACUUCCCUGCAUUCUCUUAGACAGUUAACUGUAAAUGCCUUUGUCAUUUGCAAUUUCUUCUCCUACUGCUCAUUGAAUUACUGCUAAUACUUAGUCUAUUAAACACAUUAUAAAUUCAUAUCUUCUAGUAUCUUGCCUGUUGCCAUCCCUCAUAUUAUUUUAGAUGCUGGAAACCACCAGCAAGGGACCUGUUCCUAAAGCCUAAAGCAGGGGAAAAGGAAACAGGUUGGGGAGGAUUUUGUGCUUGACACCCACCAUGUCAGCCUGGUGGCCCCAAGCCCUUCAAGAAAGCAGGAAUGAAAUUUAAAAAAAAAAAGGCAAAGCGCCCUAUUUGAGUGCGCUUGCGGGACGGUAACAGUUGUACCAAGGGUGGAAGUGUCCCUUCGGGGUUAUGCAGGCGGGAGCACACGGGAGAGCUCGCAGGGAGCUUGCCGGAGCCCUUGCUCAGCAACCAGCGUCCCGGCCCCCAGCUGCCUGUGAGAGCCACGGCCUGCGGGACUCCCUCCGGCUCUGCACAGCAGCAGGAAGGAUUUCCUGUUGGGUCGGGGCUUAAUGAAUUUCACUAUCCUCUGUACAGUAAAUGUAAUGACUGCAUCUGUGCAUUCACUCCAAACAGCCACAUUAAAUAAUCUUAUUAGAUACUGGAACAGAGAACAACGGUGUCUAUUCAGUGCUAUCAUUCCGGUGUCAUGGCAGCAGAAAGUUUUAAGUGCAAGUGUAUCCUUUUGUUUAGUUGUUCCAGUAACUUAGUGCUGCUAUUUAUCAUGUAGUUUAUUAUUGUAAUUGUUUUUCUUGCUAGAUUCGUCUGCAGAGACCCUGAUCCUAUACCCAUCAAAGUAAUAACAAAAAUGAAACGGUGUUGAAUCUGCCCUUACAGUAGCACGUUUAAAUACUAUUUAACGUGAUUUAAGUAUGAUGAUUAAUUAACUAUGAUACUCUUUUUACAUGGUUGUUACAAUUUUAAGACAGUUACCCAGUCACCUCUCAUUUCCCCAUCAGACAGCUUAGGACAAGCUUUAGUUUUGAGUGAGAAGUUGAGAAGUGAUUUAUUUCAACUCCAUGUGCACUUCCAUGAUUUAAAUAAAUACAGAAAAUGAUAAUGGAUUGUUUUUGUAGAUAACAAUGCUUGCUGGAUUUUUGACAGAGACUGUUUUUCUGAGGCUGAUUUCUGCUGAGAAUUUCAACGUUCUUGAUGUAUUUACAAGUUUUAUCCUUUGUGACUGGGGAGGAUAAAAUGAUUUUGAUUUAGUCUACUUGAUAUUCCUUCCUCACCCCAAACUCACAGUAACUCAGAGCUGAUCAGGUUGUUUUCUUUUUGUGUGAUCUAGAGAAAAGUUGAGAAUUUUCUCAUUUCUUGUCUUUCCUGCAGGCUUAUUGUAGUGACUAAAAGUUUGAUAUAUUGCAAGACAUUUUUAUUGAGUGUUUCUGGCACGAAAAAGAAAAAAAAUGAGAUUAUGAGUCUUCCCACUUUCAUUUUUCUGAACUGAGAGGCUUGGAUAGUGUAGAAAAUAGUUUGAUUUUUAGAUAUUAAUCCAACCAGCAGCUGCUUGGGGUUUGCUGACCAUCCAUUUUCUUGUGUUUGAACUAGCUGGAACGAGAUGAGUCAAAGGGAAGGCAAAUACGAAUUUUAAAAUCCUUUUAAAGUAUUGAUUUCCAAAUUCUAAAACCCAGCAAAAAGAUUCGAUUUAGCAAAGCCGAACCAACGGUUUAUUCUCUCGCAUUCAAAAGCUUGGAUUAUAAUUGAUGAGCACACGGCUCUGGCCUGGGCUGGCUGCGGAGGUUAUCUCCCCAAGUCCUUUCCUUGCCCCCGCUACCCUAUUGUCUGAGGGUCUUGUGAGUCAGCUCCUGAGCAGAUGCAGUUUAUACCGUGACAUUUUAAGGCAAAACAAAAGAUUCCUUAAUUCGCCUUCUGACUCAUCGUGAUCAAAUGAUUUUGGCUAAUCUGAACCCUUGCUGAGGUUUCGCUUAUCUGCUGUGUGGAUUUAACAAUCAUAAUGAAGUUGUGUGGUUAGCUCCUCUCUGAAGGGAUUUUAUGAAAGAAAAUGCUUGCCCAUAUUCCUGUUAAAAUGGAUUCAAUCUGCUUAUUUUUGAGUCCUUAUGCAAAGUCUGAGAAAAUUCUAUUGUUCCGUUGCACUGAUACAAGUGUAGAGCAGACUACUUCUGACAUGUUUUUGGUGAACGAGGGAAUAUUUCAGCCCAGGAUCCAGAUUCUCCCAUGAAAAUAAAACUUAACGUACUACAUGUCAUACAGUAGUUGAGAGAAUAUGUAGUGUAAAAGAAAGAUUACUUUUUUUUAACUGGUAUUUAAUGGUAAGAGGGCAAGAAGUGGGAUUAGAAAUAGGUGGUAUUCUGGAGAAAAAAUUAUGGCAGAAAAAUUUAGGACUUAAAAAUUUAAUUGUUUUCAUGUUCUAAGUUUGAAUCGAUCACGUUGCUGGUCUUUGAGAUUUAGGUGGGAUACAUUAUUAUCUCCAGGAAAAAGGAAAAAAAAUGAAAGCUGGUAAAGCAAAAAAAUUAGGUUUUGCUUUGUGCGCUAUUGUGCUAUCCGCAGGACUGCCUCAGUUCUCAGCAGUAAUAAUGCUAACCACGUCAAUCUGAAAUGUUGCUGUUUCAAUUUCUGAAGGAAUUUCUUAGUGUCCGUGUAAACAUAUAAUAUGUUAUAAGGCCGAGUUUUCAAAUGAGCUGCAUUUAUGUAUUGUAACUUUUAUGUAAUGAGUUACCCUGGAAACACAAUUAGGCAAAUAGCGCUCAUUCUUGCAACCUUUCCCAGAAGAUAAUUAAUCACAAUGAGAGCUGGGCCCCCAGCUACACGCAAAAGUGUAUAGGGAAUGUAUAGGACAUUUUUUUACGGUCCAGCCUGUGAUGCUGAGGGAACUCUCACUAUUUAGAACAAGCUGUUUAAAAUGGUGUUUAUUUCCUUUGCAAAACACAUUUUGAUGUAUAAGUCUUUAAAGCCUUUGACACAUUAUAGACACUAUAGACUCAUCAAUUAAUAGUUCAUAAAAUGAAGAUACAAAAGUAGCGUGUUCUACAAGCUCCUGUUCUGAAAUGAAUUAGUGACCAUGGGGAAGGUGGUGUUGGUUGAUGUUUCCUAAUGUAUGUUGCAUGGACUGCAUUUUUAGAUGGUUUCCUUUAUGGCAUGUAGAGAUUUCAAACAGAAAGUGAACAAGUUAUUGGUGUGAUUUCUUUGGCUUUUUUCCUUUUUAUAUAGUUUAGUGUUCAGGGAUUACUCUAAAAGAGCCAUAUUUCUUGAGUUAUUUGCUGUUAUGGGGAUUUUAUUGGAAAAGAAUUGGGACUAGGAAAUUGUGGUGGAAAGCAACCCUAAUUAUUCAGGGUUUGGGGCAAAUGAAUUGUGAAGAAAGACUGAUCAGACAUGGGCUAUUCCUUGGGAAAGGGAGCGCGAAGGGGGGUCCCCAUAGAGCGUUAGAAGACCCUGAAAGGAAUGUAUUGAUGUCAGUAAGCAGCUUGAGAUAGUGACUAAUUUGAAAACAAGAGGUCAUUGACUGAAACUAAGGAGGAGACAAGCAGAUAAGGAAUUUGGGCGGCAUUUUUUCACACAAUGGGUAGGUUAGAAUAUGGAAAAGUGGAAAAGCUGGUCAUAGAAGUACUGUGCUAUCAGUUCAAGAAGCAGCUGGGCAAAUGUUUGGAAAAGGAGGUUUAUAUAUAGAGUAAAGAACUACUUUUUUUGUCGCUAAUCUCAUGCAGCAGUCCAUAGAAGGAUUUGAAGAGAAGUGUUUAAUUGACCAGAUGGUAGUCUUCUGGCCGUAAAGGGUACAAUGUAUAUUACCUAACUAAAGUGUAAUUAUUCUGCAACUUCUAUAGCUGGACCAGUUUAGUCACUUUUAAGGAUAAACUCCAUUAAAGAAUGAAUCUGUAAUAGUUGCAUCUUUUAUUCAGGUCACUCCAUGUACUGUCUUGUGAAAGCAUUGCCACCUACGUGCAACGUAAAAUGAAAGUAAUGUAAAAUGUAGCUCUUACAAUUUAAUAGAUGCAUGUGGGCGAGCUACUUCUGUGUCCCCUGUAAAGAAAAUUCAUGUUUUCCAAAGGGGACUCCAAGAUGUUUCAGGGCAAACUGAGGUGUGUUUUCAGAAAUGUAAUGUUUGCAGUCUUAACUUUGCUCAUGUUUGAUUCAGCACGUGGAGAUGAACUGCCUUUCAGGUAAUUCACCAGCGGUUUCUGGAAGAAGUAUUAAAAGAAGCAAAUUGUGUAGAACUCUAUGGAAGCUGAUACUGGGGAACACCUCUAAGUAGGCAGUAGCAGCACAUCCACAGUUCUUGCUAUCAUUACCCUUUGCAUGUGCACGUGUGUGUGCUUGUGCAUGGACGUGUAAGUUAAAUUUAGAUGCACACACUGUUAUUUUCUAGAGUGACCAUAGCUGAUUAUGGAAUAUCUUACCCCAUAUGGAAUACAACUCAUUAACUUCUAUUUUUUGCAUGUAGUAAUUUAGAUGUGUUCCUUUUACUUUUAACUUCUGAGGAGGUUGGGGGAAAUCUAGAUGUAAAAGAGGAACAAUUCCUAUAUGGCAUAGAAUGUGAUAGGAGCUAUUCUCAUGCAUAGUGGAAGUGAGGAAGGAUUGGGCCUGAAAUUAGCAUCCAUUUGCAUUCAGUUACAGUGAGUGGUUUCUGCAUGUUUUUUUCUGCAUUGACAAAGGAUAUUAGCUUAAAAACUGACAUGUUGGUAGUGAAUUUCCAUCUCUACAAGACUGCUGAAAUCAGUGUAAGCUUAGAAACAUUAUUUUCCUGUAGCAGUUUUUAAAAUAUUAAGCUAUUCCUAGGUGUUCCAUCUUCAGUAUCACCUUCCUUUGGAUUGUGUACUGACAAAGCCACAUCACUUACAUUUAUAACAUGCAGUUUUCAAGUAUUAAUAUUAAAUGUGUAAACAAUAACACAUUUUGUAAUGUAUACGCU